AUGUCCGAUCGCACCUCCUCGGCACCAUUCCGGACAGGACCCCCUUCGCCGUCACCAUCAUCUCCCGCCCCGUUCAACUCUUUCAAGGACAGCAUAUAUUCGACGAUUCCUCCCGAGCAGAUUCCACAGACGCCGACAUCGCCUCCGUUGAUGUCGGUAAGCGCUCCGAACGAUGCCUCCAAUCUCGCAAACGUGCAAGCAUCUAGCCAGCCUCCGUCGCAACCUGCCAGCCUCUCUACUCCACCUUCCUCGGUGCCCAUGACUACCCAGAGCUCUCAGCAGCCGACAGCGGGCGUAACGAACUCAUUCCCCACCCCGGCCAGCAGCGUCGACCCCGACCACAUGGAUAAGUCGUUUGGCGCAGGUUUUUCAGAGGCAGGAGUGCCUAACACAAAUAGCGCAAGUGUCGCGCCUGUCCAGCAAUCUGAACACAGACGCACGGAUCACAACCGGGAUUUCGCAUCCGCUGAAGCAGGGACAGGAGUACGCGAUUUCGCACAAAUGGGCGGCUCUACGCAACCACCGCAAGGCGAUGCCAUGGAACUCGAUACGAAAACACCAGCGCAGACUAACUCCAAUUGGCCCAGCUUAGAGUCUUUGCAGAAAGACUUCUCGUCAGCUUUCCAUCUUUGCAAAAGCUCCCACAUUGCGACUGGACCAGACCCAUCAGUCGAUCUUAUCUCGCUGUACGGCUUAGGACCUAUCGCAAAAUCGGUUGUAAGGAAUGACCCUGUCACGGGUGCGAAGAUUAAUCGGCUUCGAAAGUCAUACGAGGGCAAAUUGAAGGGGUUAGGGCUCGCUGGAAGGAACAAACCGGUCAAACACGAUCCUUCAAUGCCUGGCGGGCUCAGGCAGAUGACGAUGUGGCCGGAGGAAGAGUGGCAAAACCAGAAAGUCUUCGGCAAGGAGAUAAAAGUGGCUGAUAUUGAUUCGGCGCUUUACAACAUGCAAUUGAAGGCUAUGAAAAUGGAACCGGGUACGGUACCGAACAACGACUACUGGGAGGACGUGCUAGGUCAUGACAAGCCAGCGAAGAGUAGCGCGGGAGACGGCCCCAAAAAGACCCCUACUUCCGCAACCGCUCCUCGAGCUGUGGGUCAACCGAACGGGACAUCUAUGCCAGCCGAUUCAGAACGAGGUCGCCCGAGCCGAGGCCGAAAGAGGCAUUAUGAUGACAAUAGCUUUGUGGGGUACGGCGAGGGCUAUGCGGAUGACGAUGACGAUAGUGCGUUCUAUUCAAAUGGCGAAGGGGGAGGAAAGAAAAAGCGAAAGAAGGAUCACGUCCCAAGGAUCUCUGCUCCUCCCGACAGAGGGGGCAGCUAUGGGGUCGGUAUGUUCGGGAUUGGUGCGAGGUGA